CUAAAUAUUUCAAAUUAAUUGAAUUAAAUAUAAACUUUUUGUUUUAAUUUUUUUUAUAGUUUAAUAUCUAUCGCAGAUUACAUAAUCUUAAGACCAAAAAUGCAAGAUCCGAUUGUCUCAGAUUUGGACCCAAAACAGGUACAACUACUCAGCGAACAAUGUAUUGUUGUCGAUGAAAAUGAUAAACCAAUUGGUCCGAAAUCCAAGAAAGAAUGUCAUCUGAUGUCAAACAUAGACAACGGUCUGAUUCAUCGGGCAUUCAGUGUAAUGUUAUUCAAUAGCAAAGGAGAGUUUCUGGUCACUCAAAGAUCGGACGCUAAGAUUACAUUUCCCUCAUAUUUUACUAACACUUGUUGUAGUCAUCCGCUAUAUAAUGAUUUGGAAAUGGAUGAAAAUGAUGCCAUUGGUGUCAAAAGAGCUGCUCAAAGACGUAUGCAUUUGGAAUUAGGAAUUGAUUUGAAAGAUAUUCUGCUCGAAGACAUCAAAUAUAUGACACGAUUUUUAUACAAAGCACCGUCGGGUGGACUCUGGGGAGAGCAUGAAAUUGAUUACGCUUUGGUCAUACAAAAGGACGUCCAACUAAAUCCCGAUCCAAAUGAAGUCAAGAGUUAUAAAUUCGUAGCCAAAGACAAACUUUUGUCGUUUUUGGAAAAUGAAGAACAAAAGGGAAAUCUGGUUACGCCGUGGUUUCGGUUAAUGAUUGAUAAUUUCCUAUUUGAGUGGUGGAACCAUUUGACUGAUCUGACCAAAUAUGAAGAUCACAAUAAUAUUCAUCGCUUAGAUUGAAUCAAAUUAAACAAUAAUUGUUGUUUUCCCGUAUUAUGAUAACCAUUUAAUUGAUAUACUAUUUACUUUUGAUAACAAUAUUGUUAUGGAUAAACAAAAU